CCUCGGCAAGGCGUCAUGGCGGCGCUGGCAGGCUCCCCCUCGGCCGGCCUUCCUUCUCUGGCGGCGGCGGCCGCCCCCAGCCCCGUAGGCCCGCCGGGCUACCGGCCCUUCGAGCCCGAGGCGCUGGGGCUCAGCCCGGGCUGGCGGCUCACCAGCUACGGGGAGCUGCGCGGCUGAGGCUGCAAAGUCCCUCAGGAGACGCUGCUCAGGCUCCUGGAGGGACUCGGCGGGGCCCGCGCGGGAGAGGCGGGCGCCGGGGAGGCGGCUGCCGUCGGCGGGGCCCCCCGGACCCUCGGCAUCGGAAUGGACUCCUGUGUGAUCCCAUUGAGGCAUGGGGGUCUCUCCCUUGUACAGACCACAGACUUCUUUUAUCCACUAGUGGAGGACCCGUAUAUGAUGGGCCGCAUUGCCUGUGCUAACGUGCUGAGUGACCUCUACGCCAUGGGCAUCACAGAAUGUGACAACAUGCUUAUGCUUCUGAGUGUAAGCCAGAAAAUGACUGAGGAGGAGCGGGAGAAAAUAAUGCCACUGAUAAUCAAGGGCUUUCGGGAUGCAGCAGAAGAUGGUGGCACCUCAGUAACUGGUGGGCAGACUGUCCUGAAUCCUUGGAUUAUUGUUGGAGGAGUUGCAACAGUUGUAUGCCAGCCCAAUGAGUUCAUCAUGCCAGACAGUGCUGUUCCAGGGGAUGUUCUUGUGCUGACUAAACCACUGGGGACUCAAGUGGCUGUAAAUGCUCAUCAGUGGCUAGAUAAUCCAGAACGGUGGAAUAAAAUUAAGCUGGUGGUCUCCAGAGAAGAUGUUGAACUGGCAUAUCAGGAAGCCAUGUUCAGUAUGGCCAUGUUGAACAGGACAGCUGCCAGCUUGAUGCAUACUUUCAAUGCCCAUGCUGCUACAGAUAUUACAGGCUUUGGUAUUCUGGGUCAUGCACAGAAUUUGGCCAAACAGCAGCGCAGUGAGGUGUCAUUUGUCAUCCACAAUCUGCCUAUCCUUGCCAAAAUGGCUGCUAUUAGCAAAGCGUGUGGCAACCGGUCACGGCUACUACAAGGAACAUCCCCCGAGACAUCUGGUGGGCUGCUGAUCUGUUUACCCCGAGAGCAGGCUGCUCGCUUCUGCGCAGAGAUCAAAUCUCCCAAAUAUGGAGAAGGACACCAAGCCUGGAUCAUUGGCAUUGUGGAGAAGGGCAACCAGACCGCUCGCAUCAUUGACAAACCCCGUAUCAUUGAAGUGACACCCCGUGGGGCCAGUGCCUCCCCUCAGGAUAAUAAUUCCAGUGCCAGCCCUGAAGCUGCAUCAUGAGGUGGCAAAAUAGUUUUCUUUUAUCCACUGUAGGUUCUGGGAUUGAAAAGGGUAGCACCUGAGCCUUUGGAUCAGUGUGCAGUUACCUUCUACAGCAAAAUGAUCCUCAGAACACUAUCAGUUGGUGGCUGGUUCCUUCCUGCCAUCUGAUGUGAUCAAUUUUAAAGUCAUUUCCUGCAAGCAGGUAAAUUGCGGACACUCUUGAUUUUGGAGAAGAUGGUAACUUGAAUUAUUUAUUGGAAUAGUUCUGCUUGUUAUUGAGCUCUCCCAGCUUUUGGUCAGACUGAGCAGCUGGUCCAAAAGGAUGGUGGGUGACUUAAAAAGCCAUUUGGUUGGGCAAGAGGUCUCUCCUCUCAUUAUGAAGCACCUCCGUUAAAACCCAAUCAUGGGCUUGGAGGAGCAGAGGAAACCUGGAGGAGCAGCACCAAGCUCAGCUUCAUGGAUUGUUCCUUGGGUUGUAAAUUAUUGGUGAUUGAGUUAAUAAAGUUGAUUUCUACAA